UGACAGUUCCUCUGACAAAUACAAAAUGGUUGAAAACUAAAGUUGGCAAACAAAGAAAAGGUAGCGUAAUAGCGAAUUUUAGCGUUAAAAACGUUUUUUAAAGUGAAAGUUAGUUAGUUUAGUUUGUGUUUAGUGUUUUGUGCACGAUGUUGGAUUUGGAAAUCGUCCCUGAACGCUCUCUGGGCUGUGAUGCCUGGGAAUUUGUUCUAGGGAUGCAUUUCUCUCAAUCAGUGGCCAUCAUUCAGAGUCAAGUGGGCACAAUACGAGGAGUACAAGUACUAUAUAGUGAUCAGAACCCGUUAUCCGUAGACCUAGUAAUAAAUAUGCCUCAGGAUGGCAUCCGGUUAAUAUUCGAUCCGGUUGCACAACGACUCAAAGUAAUAGAGAUCUACAAUAUGAAAUUAGUUAAGCUUAGGUAUAGUGGUAUGUGCUUCAACUCGCCGGAGAUAUCGCCGUCGAUCGAGCAGGUUGAGCACUGCUUCGGCGCGACGCACCCGGGCCUGUACGACUCGCAGCGCCAUCUGUUCGCGCUCAACUUCAGAGGACUGUCCUUUUACUUUCCUGUUGAUAGCAAAUUUGAGCCUGGCUACGCUCACGGGCUGGGCUCUCUCCAGUUCCCUAACGGUGGCUCGCCCGUCGUCUCGCGAACUACCAUCUACUAUGGAUCUCAACACCAGGCUAGCAGUACAAGUAGCGGCAGUGUGUGCGGGGCGCCGCUGCCCGAGCUGCCGCUGUCGUGCUACCGGCACCAGCUGCAUCUGCGGCGCUGCGACGUGCUGCGCUCCGCCACCGCCACGCAGGGACUGCGCCUGCAUAUGUUCACUGAAGGUCCAGGUCGCACGGAAGGCGGCGGUCGCGGGGUAUGCCGCGUGGUCCGCUUCGGCAGCUCGGCGCAGCGCGUGGUGGCGGCGCUCGGAGCCCCGGCGCGGGUCUACUACAAGGCCGACGACAAGAUGCGCAUCCACCGACCCACUGCCCGCCGCCGUCCCCCGCCGGCUUCGGACUACUUCUUCAACUAUUUUACGUUAGGCCUGGACGUGCUAUUCGACGCGCGUACGCACCAGGUGAAGAAGUUCGUGCUGCACACCAACUACCCGGGACACUACAACUUCAACAUGUACCAUCGCUGCGAGUUCGAGCUCACCGUGCAGCCUGACAAAUGCGAAGCGAACUCGCUAGUAGAGAGUCGCGGCGCAGUCUGUAUCACUGCGUACAGCAAGUGGGAGGUGGUGUCCCGCGCUCUGCGCGUGGCCGAGCGCCCCGUCGUGCUCAACAGAGCUUCUUCUACUAAUACUACCAAUCCUUUCGGCUCUACCUUCUGUUAUGGGUACCAGGAUAUUAUUUUUGAGGUGAUGUCAAACAACUACAUAGCAUCGAUCACGCUGUACCAGCCCGAGGGCUCGCGGCCCCGCUACGCCGUCAACUCCAUCGCGUGACACAGCCAGGCAUCCCCAAGCAAAGGUAAAAAAUACACGUCCUGAACGAUUUCGGUUGUCAGUCACCACACAAAACCUACUCCCGAGUGGUUCCCCACACAAUGUCGAAAAUGUUCAACUUUCUACUAAAACAACUUCAGCCGAAGUGACUACAUAUCUUUACCACGAAGCACCUAAGAGGAAGCAGUAUUUUUAAAAAUGUGAUAAAAAAACUGUGAAAAAAAAAACUCGAAAAAAGUGAGUGACAGAUCUCAGACGGUGUGUUAAGUCUUAUUUAAUUCCUUAGACGGACUAAUAGUUAAUGUUUUAUUUUUAAGCUUAAUUAAGUUGGUAUAUUUCAAAAGUGAACAUUGAUUUUUUUAAUAAUAGUCAAAUGUGUUCUUGUAAUUUUAACUUUUUAACGCCAUAGUGCAAGAAUAUUGUGUCACAGACAACGUAUUCUUACACUAUGGUUAUGGGAUAAAAAAUUAGAAAAAAAAAACAUGGAAAAAAACUAGAAAUAGACUGUGCUGUAAAUAUUUUUGAGAAUUUGAUGAGAACUUAAAUAAUAAUAUGAAAUUGAUGUAUUUUUUCUAAAAAGAAAUGAUUUUUCGAUCGAGACGUUUGGUAGUGAGUGUGUAAAAAAAUCGUGCAAAAGUAUUUUGUCAGCACCACAGAUUAUGUUGAGCUAGUGUGCAUAACUUGUGUUAUCACCCAAAAUCGUGUAUCAUUUAUUUUAUCGAACAUUUUAUUUCGUACAUAUCUUAAUUUUAUUUAAAUAAAAAAAAUGUUAUACUUAUUUAUAUAAUAUUAAAUAUUGAUGGAUAUUUGUUAUGUAAAUUAUUAUUUUUUUGCGCAAAGGAAAUCGCACAGUGUGCGCCUUUUCUGAAUUUCUUAGUAAUAAUUAUGAAAGUGUAUUGAAGGAUUUUAAGAGAUGCUUGGAUAAAAAUAUCUUUAAGGUUAUUGCUGUGCGAAUGUGAAAUAAACACUUUUGGCAAAAAUGUCACAAAAUAGCCUUCGUUUUAAAAUGGCUUCUUAAAAUUAAGAUAACAUGGUCUAUAAGAAAUGCGUGUUGCGGCUCUCAAAUACUGAUUUUAUGAAGUACAAAAUUUAUUUUUAAAAAGUAUUUUUUAACGUUUUUUAAAAUAGAAAAAAUGGUGUUUUUAAUUUUUUGACAAAACAUUUUGGAAAUGUUUUGUAGAUUUUUUGAGAAAAUUGAAAUUCGAAUCGUGGAUUUUAUUUUUGAAAUUGUAUUUUUUAAGGUUCUUUUAAUUAUGAUUGUGGCUCUUGUUUAUAUGGCUGUUGGGCAUACUUUAAAGCUCUUUGGGCCAUCUUUAAAAAGACGACAAAUACAUAGUAUGAAUUGAUUCUUUUGUCAAAAAAAUCCCCAAAAAACUGUUAUUGACUACACAAUCCGUAAGUUACUUUCUUAACAACAAUUUUUCACAGGAUUGCAAAAUAGUUUUUUUCACUCAAUAUAAUAUAUAACUUUAAAGUAUGUUCAUAGGCAUAUAAUCUGUAGAAACCUUACAGCCAUGGACGAUAAAACUUGGCUAUUAGAUGACGCACGCUACUUUGCAUAGACUAAUAAAAACUUUUGACCUCAGACCUCUUUGGUAACAAAAAGCUUAGGAUUUCUAGUGCCAAUGACGUUUCGUUCAAUAUUCAUGUCAUUUUGGUAUAGUCUGACCGUUUUUUUGUGCAGUUGACAGUUGCUGUCAAUUGAAAAUGACAGCUGUCAAUUGUACAGAUGCGGUGGCACUCUAAAUGAGCUUAUAGGCUUCACGAUGUCGAGGCGGUUGUGAUGUUUUACUAAACUGCUGUUACGGCAAUAUGACACUUUAGCUUUGGUAAGGUUUAAACGUCGCUUAGAUUUGCUGUUGGACCGAGUUUGAAAAACGAACCUUUUUAUUUGUUGUACUAAUUCGGGCCGUCGUCAACAGAUGGCGUUGUAAUAAGAAAAAUAUUGAUGCAAAGAUAUGUUGUAAUUUGUUAUUGUUGUACCUAGAUAAGAUUUGGUUUUAAUUAUUUUUUCAGUAAUAAUGGUUUGAAAUGCGGUUCAAAAGCAAAAUUAGUAUGUUUGUUAAUGCACAAUAUGUCACUUGUGUGAUUGUCGAGUAAUGGCUGUGGUGCCAUAAUGUAACAAGAAAAAAAAAUGAAAAAAUUGACAUAAUACAAUAAAAAAAGUAUUAAAUUUAAGGUAGCUCUAUGCUACGCUCUUGUUCUGCGUGUGCGAAUGUUUUGCCGAAAUAACUCGCAUUAUCUGAAUUCCUUGUAAUUAUUUAUAAAAUAAAAUAAAAAUAACGA